AGCGCCCUCCCGCUCUCCCGGCCGCGGUCUCCCUCGCCGCGCCGCCCGCCGCCGGCCCCGCCGCCGCCCCUCGGCGACCAUGGCGCACCGGGGGCCCCCGCGCUUCCCGAAGGGCCCCGGCUCCGCCGCCCGAGCCCCGAGCCCCGGGGCACCUCCGCUGCUGCGCUGGCCGCGCUUGCGGCCGCUCCUCCUUCUCCUGCUGCUGCUGGCCGCUUGCGGGGCGGCCGGGCGCUCCCCCGAGCCCGGGCGCCUGGGUCCCCGCGCACAGCUGACCCGGCGGCCGCGGAGCCCUCCCGCGGGGCGCGCGGAGCACGGCGGUCGCGAGGAAGGACUGGCGCGCGGCGCGGAACACGGCGCCCGGGGUCCGGGUCCCAGUCCUGCUCCGGGUCCCGGUGAGAACGGCGCCCCCGUUCCAGGCAAGGGGCGCUGGGCGCGCGCGGCGCCGGUGGCCGGAGCGGCUUCUCGGGCGCAGGUCUCGCUCAUCAGCACGUCGUUUGUGCUCAAGGGAGACGCAACCCACAAUCAGGCGAUGGUGCACUGGACGGGCGAGAACAGCAGCGUGAUCUUGAUCCUGACGAAGUACUACCAUGCAGACAUGGGGAAGGUUCUGGAAAGUUCUCUGUGGCGGUCUUCGGAUUUUGGGACAUCCUACACCAAGCUCACCCUCCAGCCCGGCGUCACCACCGUCAUUGACAACUUCUACAUUUGCCCCACCAACAAGAGAAAGAUCAUCCUGGUGAGCUCCUCGCUCAGCGACCGCGAGCAGAGCCUCUUCCUGAGCACCGACGAAGGCGCCACCUUCCAGAAGCAGCCGGUCACCUUCAGUGUGGAGACCCUUAUCUUCCACCCCAAGGAGGAGGACAAGGUCCUCGCCUACACCAAGGAGAGCAAGCUCUACGUGUCGUCUGACCUGGGGAAGAAGUGGACUCUUUUGCAGGAGCGAGUGACCAAAGACCGUGUGUUCUGGGCUGUGUCUGGGGUGGACACUGACCCCAACUUGGUCCACAUGGAAGCCCAGGACCUCGGUGGAGGCUUCCGCUACGUCACCUGCCAGAUCCACAACUGCUCCGAUAGGUCGCGCACAGCGCCGUUCCCCGGCCCCAUCGACCCCAGCUCCCUGGCGGUGCAGGACGACUACGUCUUCUUUAAGGCGACGGCAGCAAACCGGACUAAAUACUAUGUCUCGUAUCGACGCAGUGACUUUGUCCUGAUGAAGCUGCCCAAGUACGCGCUGCCAAAGGACCUGCAGCUCAUCAGCACAGACGAGAACCAGGUGCUGGUGGCGGCUCAGGAGUGGUACCAGGCGGACACCUACAACCUGUACCAGUCGGACCCGCGCGGUGUGCACUACACGCUGGUGCUGGAGAACGUGCGCAGCUCGCGGCAGGCGGAGGAGAGCGUGGUCAUCGACGUCCUCGAGGUCAGAGGGGUGAAAGGGGUCUUCCUGGCCAACCAGAAGAUCGAUGGGAAGGUGAGGACGCUCAUAACCUACAACAAGGGCCGCGACUGGCACCACCUGAGGCCACCCAGCACCGACAUGAACGGGAAGCCCACUCACUGCCAGCCUCCCGACUGCCACCUGCAUCUGCACCUGCGCUGGGCAGACAACCCCUACGUGUCAGGCACCGUGCACACCAAGGACAGCGCCCCAGGACUCAUCAUGGGAGCAGGUAACCUGGGCUCGCAGCUGGUGGAGUACAAGGAGGAAAUGUACAUCACGUCCGACUGCGGGCGCAGCUGGCGGCAGGUCUUCGAGGAGGAACACCACGUCCUCUACCUGGACCACGGCGGGGUGAUCGCGGCCAUAAAGGACACCUCCAUCCCCCUGAAGAUCCUCAAGUUCAGCGUGGACGAGGGCCUCAGCUGGAGCACACACAACUUCACCAGCACCUCGGUGUUCGUGGACGGGCUGCUGAGCGAGCCGGGGGACGAGACGCUGGUCAUGACGGUCUUCGGCCACAUCAGCUUCCGCUCCGACUGGGAGCUGGUCAAGGUGGACUUCCGGCCCUCCUUCUCCCGGCAGUGCUCCGAGGAGGACUACAGCUCCUGGGACCUCACUGACCUGCAGGGUGACGGCUGCAUUAUGGGCCAGCAGAGAAGUUUCCGGAGGAGAAAGCCCACGUCCUGGUGUGUGAAGGGGCGGAGCUUCACGGCGGCCCUGAGGUCGCGCGCGUGCGCGUGCCGAGACUCGGACUUCCUGUGCGACCAUGGGUUUGAGCGCGCACCCUCCCCGGAGCCCGCCAGCCAGUGCUCUGCCAGCUUCUGGUUUAACCCCUUGUCCCCUCCUGACGACUGUGCCCUGGGGCAGACCUACACCAGCAGCCUCGGGUACCGGAAGGUGGUGUCCAACGUGUGCGAGGGUGGCGUGGACCUGCAGCAGAGCCCAGUGCAGCUCCAGUGCCCCCUCAUGCCGCCCCGGGGCCUGCGGGUGAGCGUCCGCGGGGAGGCGGUGGCCGUGCGGCCCGGGGAGGACGUGCUGCUGGUGGUGCAGCAGGAGCAGGGAGAUGUCCUGACCACCAAGUAUCAGGUGGACCUUGGGGAUGGCUUCAAGGCCAUGUACGUGAACCUCACACUAACUGGAGAGCCCAUCCGACACCGUUACGAGAGCCCUGGCAUCUACCGUGUUUCUGUCAGGGCGGAGAACAUGGCGGGACAUGAUGAGGCUGUGCUCUUUGUCCAGGUCAACUCCCCCCUGCAGGCACUUUACCUGGAGGUGGUUCCUGUCAUUGGCAUCAACCAGGAGGUGAACCUCACAGCUGUGCUGCUGCCCCUGAACCCCAACCUCACUGUCUUCUACUGGUGGAUUGGCCACAGCCUGCAGCCCCUCCUCUCCCUGGAGAACUCCGUGACAACGCGGUUUGCGGACGCCGGGGACGUGCGGGUGACGGUGCAGGCGGCCUGCGGCAACUCCGUGCUGCAGGACUCCAGGGUGGUGCGCGUGCUGGAUCAGUUCCAGGUGGUGCCUCUGCAGUUCUCCAAGGACCUGGACGCCUACAACCCCAACACCCCCGAGUGGAGGGAGGACGUGGGCCUGGUGGUCACCCGGCUGCUCUCCAAGGAGACCAGUGUCCCUGAGGAGCUGCUGGUGACCGUGGUGAGGCCAGGGCUGCCCACCCUGGCUGACCUGUAUGUGCUCCUGCCUCCUCCAAGGCCCACAAGGAAGAGGAGCCUCGCAAGUGACAAGAGGCUGGCGGCCAUCCGGCAGGCGCUGGGCGCACACAACGUCAGCUUCCUCCUGCGGGGAGGGCUGCGGGUCCUGGUGGGCCUGAGGGACACCAACACAGAUCCUCGGAGCCUGGGCGGUGGCGGCGGCUACUGGGCGCUGGUGGUCCUCUUUGUCAUCGGGCUGUUUGCAGCGGGCGCCUUCACCCUCUACAAGUUCAAAAGGAAACGCCCCGGCAGGACCGUGUACGCCCAGAUGCACAACGAGAAGGAGCAGGAAAUGACGAGCCCCGUCAGCCACAGUGAGGAUGUGCAGGGCACCACCCAGGGCAACCACUCUGGCGUGGUCCUGAGUAUCAACUCCCGGGAGAUGCACAGCUACCUGGUGAGCUGAUGCCGUGGGUCUGGCCGGGACACUCUCCUCUGCUGUUCACCCCGUGGAGGGCGCAGCCCACAAGUGCAGCUGAACCACGUCCCCUCAGAGGCCUGCGGGAAGGCCGCCUCCUCCUCCGUCCCCACACAGGACAGACAUUCCUCCCUCUGCUCAGCCCCAGCCCUCCAGGCCCAUGGGACACCAGGGCAGCUGAUUCCUGACCUUCCUGGACACAGGCCCACAGUGCCACCGAUGUCCUCACCCCUAACUGUGGGGCGUCUCUGGCCCUGGCUCCUGCACAUGACUGCCCAGGCCAAGGCUUGGCUUCUCUUGGCUGCAGCUGGUCUGUCCAGAGCUGCUCUGGGGUGAGCCCGCCCAGGUGGCUCUGCUCCUAGAGCCAAGACCCACUCAGACCUGCACUGCGGCUCCUGUCCCUGCAGAAGCCCUGAGUCCUGGACCCUGCGGCCAGGGCCUCCCAACACCACCUCCAGGCCUUCCUGCCGUCCCUCCUCUUUAAGCUGCAGAUAUUGUAAAUACCUUUCUAGGUAGCCACUGGCUUCUGGGGCUUCUGUUUGACUUUCUGUUUCUACGGCCAGUUGGUGGGCCUCCCGGCCGCCGUCAGAGCCCCAUUCUCUGGAACCACUUUUCUAAAAUCCCAGGGCUUCUCCUCUGGGCCCAGAGGGGCCAGUUUUCCCUAGAGGGCUGGGUGGGGGACAAAGGACCCCAGGCCUACAGCACCUCGCUCCUGCUCUGCUUCACAGUCGCAUGGGGCUUGGAAGUGGGGGCUCCCAGCAGGUGGAACUGCUUUCCGUGCUGCCUGACAGCUUGGGGGCUCCUGCAGAGCCAACCAGAGGCCUAGGGCAGGGCUGGAGGGCCAUUGGGAGUGUGUCCCCCAAGGUGAAGAUGGGUGAGGGGCCCCAAAAUGGUCGACUUUCCCAGGGUCAUGGCAAGAUGGCCACGGGGUGGCCCCGGAGCAAGCCCUCUGCUGCACGCAGCUGCCUGGAGUCGGGGACGUGGGCACCGGGCACCAGCGGACAGCUGGGCAUUUCACCUUUUGCCUUGAAAUGGGAAGUCAGUGUCCUCCUCCUGCCCAGAGCAAGGAAGCCUGGGGCGUCCACCCGUCUUCCCCAGGAAGAACCAUGGCCUAUGAGCAGGGAGAUCCGGGGAGAGCCUCGGGCACCAGGCACAUGGGUCUUUGCUGCAUGGAUGCCCCGGCAUCUGGGCACUGCUGUCCCAGAUGGGACUCAGGGACCACAGGCACAAAGGCAGCCAUGCAGAGAUAUGCCUGGUGGGAGGUGUCCCAGCUGCACCCAGCCUGUCCCCACGCUGCCUGCCCACUGACUGGGGCUGCUGGGCCCUCUAGAAGUGACCCUGCAAGCUUCCCCCCGGGGAGGGGCUAGGGACAGGGACCCAGUUCUGUGGCCUGAGAACUUUGCCGGUGCCCCACCCCCGGCUUAGUCUCCAAAGACACCGAUUGGAGACCUGCAUCCUGCUGGCCACCCCACCCAGCACCAGUCCGCGCCCAUCGACGGGAGGGCCGGACACAAAGGCAACACUCAUGCUCAGACCGUCCAGGCCCGGCUCAGAGGCUGGCACGGGGUCCCCGGACACCCCUCCCUGUGCACCAGGGCCUGCGGGCAGCUGGCUGUAGGUCUCCGACCUCUCUCAACCACUCAGUUCAACUCUCCCAGCCAUUUGGGCAGAGAUUCCCUGGUCAUUGUUCCCGUAUUUUACGUUAUUAUUUGUAUUAAGACCACCUUGGGUGCAUGGGCCCAAGAACCUGGGGGUACGGUGACACUUGAUGUUCCCGCGUACGUUCCCUUCUCCAUAACCGUAGGGAUGGUGCCUGGCCGCGGACUUCCCCGGCUGUCUAGUGAGGCGCUGUGUGUCCAGGCACUGGGAAGCGGGCGGGACCAGCGCUGCUGCCUCCCGCUCUGUCCGAGCAGCCCGCACACACGCGGUGUGUGCACGUAACAGGUGACACCUUCUUUCUUAUCAAUAAAUAAUUUGUGAUGCUUUUAACAAAGAUUAAAUGACUCUGA